CUGGAGCCGGAGGGCAUUAUGGACAAAUCUAAAGAAAACUGCAUUGCAGGGCCUGUUAAGACUACAAUUGCACUUGGUGAUGGUCCAAAACGUGUUCUGGUGACUCAGCAAGUUCCUUCACAGAAUCCGUUAUCUGCAAAUAGUGGCCAGGCCCAGCAGGUCUUGUGUCCUUCAAAUUCUUCCCAGCGAGUUCCUCCACAAACCCAAAAGCUCGUCUCCAGCCAUAAACCAGCUCAGAAUCUGAAGCAGAAGCAAUUGCAGGCAACUGGUGUCCCUUGUCCUGCCUCUAGGUCACUGAAUAGUACCCAAAAGAGUGAGCAACCCUCGUCAUCAGCCCCUGGAAAUAAUUCUGAAAAGGAACUGGCAACAAAACAGAAAAAUGAAGAAUCAAAAAAAAAAAGGCAAUGGGCUUUGGAAGAUUUUGAAAUUGGUCGCCCACUGGGUAAAGGAAAGUUUGGUAAUGUUUACUUGGCAAGGGAAAAACAAAGCAAGUUUAUCCUGGCUAUUAAAGUAUUAUUUAAAGCUCAACUGGAGAAAGCAGGAGUUGACCAUCAGCUGAGAAGAGAAGUAGAAAUACAGUCCCACCUUAGGCAUCCAAAUAUUCAUAGGCUGUAUGGUUAUUUCCAUGAUGCCACCAGAGUUUACCUAAUUCUAGAAUAUGCACCUUUUGGAGCUGUCUACAGAGAACUUCAGAAACUGUCAAAGUUUGAUGAACAGAGAACUGCUACUUAUAUCACAGAGUUGGCAGAUGCCCUGUCUUACUGUCACUCAAAGAGAGUCAUUCACAGAGACAUUAAGCCAGAGAACCUACUCCUUGAAUCAGCUGGAGAGCUUAAGAUUGCAGAUUUUGGGUGGUCAGUACAUGCUCCAUCCUCCAGGAGAACCACCCUGUGUGGCACCCUGGAUUACUUGCCCCCAGAGAUGAUUGAAGGCCGAAUGCGUGAUGAGAAGGUGGAUCUCUGGAGCCUUGGGGUUCUUUGCUAUGAAUUUCUAGUUGGGAAGCCUCCUUUUGAGGUAAGCACAUACCAAGAGACCUACAAAAGAAUAUCAUGGGUUGAAUUCACAUUCCCUGACUUCGGGCCGGAGGGAGCCAGGGAUCAUUCAAGACUGUUGAAACAUAAUCCCAGCCAAAGGCCAACUCUCAAGGAUGUACUUGAACACCCGUGGAUCAUGGCUAGCUCAUCAAAACCAUCAAGUAGCCAAAAAAGCAAAGACUCAACUAGCAAACAGUCUUAAGGAUUGUGCAGGGGGAGAAAUCUGAGAGGCAGGGCU